AUGGAGUGCAACAGAGAUGAUGCGGUGCGAUCAAAGGAUAUUGCUGAAACGAAGUUCAUGGAGAAUGAUAUUGCUGGUGCGAAAAAGUUUGCCCUCAAAGCAAAGGCUCUUUUUGAGCCGCUUGAAGGCAUUGAUCAGAUGAUUGUAGCCUUAGAUGUCCAUGUAAGAGCACAGACAAAGAUUGCAGGGGAGAAUGACUGGUAUGGGAUCUUAGAAGUGCCACCAAUGGCUGAUGAGGAGGCAAUCAAGAAGAAGUACAAGAAGUUGGCCUUCCAAACUCAUCCUGACAAGAAUAGCUCUGUUUGUGCUAAAGCCGCUUUUAACCUCAUCUCAGAUGCUUGGAAUGUGUUGUCCGAUAAUGCCAAGAGGAUGGUGCAUGACCACAGGAGGCGGAUGCAUGCCCUAGCAGUGCAUCAGAAUAACUUCAAAGCAACUGCCCGUAAGACUUCAAACUCCUCUAUGUCAGGUGUGAAUAGAUUUUGUGACAGACAGAGAAAAGUGGCACCCCACCUCGCCCAUGAAGCAACAGAAACAUUCUGGACACUCUGCCCUUCAUGUCUUAUGAACUUUCAGUACUCCAGGGAAUACCUCAACCACCAACUGAAGUGUCUUAAAUGUCAUGCAGUGUUUGUUGCUACUGAAGUUCGACCACCAACUUCAGGUGUUCAGUUUUGCCCUAGUGAGCUAAUGCCUAUGGCUACUAAUAAUAACAUUGGUGGCAAUACAGUUCCUGGCAUGGUGACACCAGGAGUACAGGCAGGAGUGUCACAAGGCAAUCAGAAUUGCGAUCCAACAGUGCUCAAAUCUGCAACAUGUGCCCAAAGUACUAGACAUACGGUCCAACAAACAUGUGACAGUAUUAGAAAAGAGGAGGCAGUUGGAGCUAGUAUUCCCGCAAAUGAAGAAGCACAUUCCAGAGAAGUUCUGCAGCACGCUGCAAGGAAACAUGCACAUGCAGUCUCUUCUGUCAGACAAGCAAAUGCAGCAACAAGGAAGCAUGAAGCUGCAAAGAGAAAACGCGCCAAUGCUGUCAAGCAAGGAACCUGGCAGUCGGCAACCUCCUACCCUGAUGGUGAUGGAUGCAAACCAGUGUGCCCAGCAAAAACAAAGCCUCGCUCAACCUCUGAAACAUCAGGUGCCAAGAAACGCGAAGUGUCUUCUGGUGAUUUUAACUCUGAAUCUUCUAGUAAUGCUGGAAGGACCAGCUUUAGCAGGGAGCUCAUGAAGUUAGAUGUCCGUAGCAUCCUAAUUGAAAAGGGGAAACUUCAAGCCAGUGAAAAACAAAGAAAAGGUGCAGAAUACAGUUCAGUUGAUCCAAAAAAAGAUGUCCUGGAGUUAGUUAGCAAAAGGGUUGAUUCAGAAGAAAAGGAGAGGGAGAAGUGCAGUAACCAGGUUGGGUUAGAAGAAAAGCUGAAGUCAUGGCAACGGAGGGUACCUGAAGUACGCAUAGUAUACACGAGGAGAAACCGCAAGCAACACAAGAAGGAACUGGGAUAUGAAGUAACUGGUGCUAAUCCGGCAACAAAGCACCAUAUGCCUGCCAAAUAUGGCUGUUUGAACCAAGAGCCUUCUCAUGAUGAAGGCUCUGACAAAAUGCCUAUCCCUGAUGCAGAUUUGUACAGUGUCCCUGAUGCAGAUUUCAACAGUUUCGGUGAUCAUUCUGAAAGUUCAUUUCAAAAUGAUCAAGUAUGGGCCAUGUAUGAUGAAGAAGAUGGUAUGCCUCGCUACUAUACUUUGAUCAGAAAAGUCAUUUCAACCCGCCCUUUUAAAGUUAGACUAGCCGACCUCGGAGCCUCCAAUUGGAUCUCAUAUGGAUACUCCAAGAUCUGCGGUGAGUUCAAGGUUGGUGUGUCCAGACAUAUUGACCAAGUGAAUAUUUUCUCACAUAAGGUCAAAUGUGACAAAGGUCCAGGAGGCAUCAUCAGAAUUUUUCCUAAGAAAGGUGAUAUCUGGGCUCUGUACCAGAACUGGUCUCCUGACUGGGAUCAAUAUACACCUGAUGAUAUGAUUUACAAGUAUGAACUGGUUGAGAUUCUUGAUAGCUACAACCCUGCCAAAGGCAUUUCUGUGAUGCCUAUUGUGAAAGUUCCUGGGUUUGUGUCAGUGUUUAAGCCCCUUCACAACGCAACGAAAAGAUGGAGGAUACCAAGGGAAGAGAUGAUGCGGUUUUCACACCAAGUGCCAUUCCAUGUCCUUACUGGAGAAGAAGCUCAUAAUGCUCCCAAGGGGUGCUACGAAUUGGAUCCAGGCUCAACUCCACAGGAGCUUCUUCAUGUAGUUCCACCAUCUGGUGGUGCUAAAUAA